ACAAAUCAUCCUCUCUCCGAAAUUUCCCGCAUUUCGAAUUUUCUCGCAGUUUCUCUUCUCCCAAGCAGGCUCCAAGGAAACCUUCCGCCAUGGCCACAUUCAGCCUUCCCCGCAAGGGAAAUACGAGGCUGCCGCCGGAGGUCAACAGAGUCUUGUUUGUACGAAAUUUACCCUUCAACAUCACCAGUGAAGAGAUGUACGAUAUCUUCGGCAAAUAUGGGGCGAUACGGCAGAUUCGGAUUGGUACGAACAAGGAUACUAGAGGUACCGCCUUUGUCGUUUACGAAGAUAUCUAUGAUGCUAAGACGGCGGUGGAUCAUCUCUCCGGUUUCAACGUUGCGAAUCGGUAUCUGAUCGUGUUGUACUACCAGCAAGCCAAGAUGAGUAAAAAAUUCGACCAGAAGAAGAAAGAGGAUGAACUCGCUAGGAUGCAGGAGAAGUAUGGUGUUUCCACGAAAGAUAAGUAAAAGCAUAUUCUUGUGGAGAAGUAUCAAAGUUUUGAAGAUAUACUAAGUACGAAAAAGGCGUUUGUGCUGUUGGUACGAAUUCCUAUGCAGCCAUUUGAGAAAAGGAAGAAAGUCUUGGAGGAUGAUGGAUUAGAAAGGAAGGCAUCUUGUUCGCCCUUACCUAAAAUUUCUCCCUUUCAUGUUUGUUUUUAUGUUAAAAUUUUGUUGAAGUUUCUGUUUAUGUUGUGUUUGGAUUUAGAUUGUAUUUUCACGUUCAGUGUCCACAACUAUGAUAGAUCCUUGAGUAUGUUUGAGUAAAAAAAAGUAUUGUGUUCGAAUCUGCCGUAUCGCCCUGUAAGGAGUAAUAUAUGUUAGAAAUGUGUUCAUUGUGUAUUAUUUGCCCCGCAAACCACCAAACCCUGAAUUAUUAUUUAGGAAAUUUCAUUUCAUUUUA